CUGCUGCAGACGGAUCCGCGUCUCCAGCUGUGCGGCUCCGGCUCCGGUCCCGCAGGCUGCGUCGGCCAUGUUGUUGUGUGGGGGUUGAUGGAAGUUUGGUAGUAGGAAGUAGAGCCUGCAGAGCUCCGGGGCAGCUCCAGGAUCCCACUUUCCCCUCUUUUGUUUGUGAUCCCCGGCAUGCCGCUGCAGGAUUUCUCCUCCCUGCAGACCAUGACUGUCUCCUCCACCUCCCCCUUCAGCCUGCACGCUUGCAACACUUGAGCCGCUUCUUUUUUUUAUUCAACUUAAAGCAGUCUCUGCGCUGGAUGGAUGGAGUGAUGGUGAGGGCGGCUCUGUCCCGGCUGGAGUAACUCGGAUUUACUUGUCCCGAUCAGAUUUAAGGAGGAGAAGAGGGGGAGAAGAGGAGGAAAACACCCAGGAAAGACACCGAUUUCAGAAGGAGGGGCGAGACGAUGGGCUGCAUAAAGAGCAAGGAGGACAAAGGCCCGACGAUGAAGUAUCAGCAAGAGAACUCCCCCGCGUCAGACCCCGCUGCCACCGCCACCACGCCUCACGCCGGCCACUACGCACCAGAACCCACCCAGCUGCAGCAGAAUCAGCCUCCCUCGUCGUCCUCCGGCUCUGGAGUUGUGAAUUUCAACCACGCCCUCACACCGUUUGGGGGCUCCUCGUCUGCCAUGACCCCCUUUGGGGGAAUGUCGACCUCCUUCUCCGGUCCUAUGUCCAAUUCCUUCUCAGGUGCCGUCUCAAGUGGUGUUACCUUCUUUGUGGCCUUGUAUGACUAUGAAGCCAGAACAGCAGAUGAUCUAACGUUUAAAAAGGGAGAUCGCUUCCAGAUCAUCAAUAACACAGAAGGAGACUGGUGGGAGGCUCGCUCCAUCAACACUGGGAAGAGCGGCUACAUCCCCAGCAAUUACGUGGCCCCUGCUGACUCCAUCCAGGCAGAAGAGUGGUACUUCAGUAAAAUGGGGCGCAAAGAUGCUGAGAGGUUGCUGCUGAAUCCAGGAAACAGUCGAGGAACUUUCCUGGUGCGAGAAAGUGAAACGACUAAAGGUGCUUAUUCUCUGUCCAUACGAGACUUUGACACAGCCAAAGGAGACAAUGUGAAACACUACAAGAUCCGCAAGCUGGACAGCGGGGGAUACUACAUCACCACGCGGGCCCAGUUUGACACCUUACAGAAGCUCGUCAGACACUAUUCAGAGCACGCGGACGGACUCUGCCACAGACUGACCUCGGUUUGCCCCACGGUCAAGCCUCAGACUCAGGGGCUUGCGAAGGACGCCUGGGAGAUUCCCAGAGAGUCUCUACAACUGGAGCUGAAACUGGGACAGGGCUGCUUCGGAGAGGUCUGGAUGGGCACGUGGAACGGCACCACCAAGGUAGCCAUAAAGACGCUGAAGCCGGGGACCAUGUCGCCCGAAGCUUUCCUCCAGGAAGCACAGAUUAUGAAGAAGCUCAGGCACGACAAACUGGUGCCUCUCUACGCGGUGGUGUCAGAAGAGCCCAUCUACAUCGUGACAGAGUACAUGUCCAAAGGAAGCCUCCUUGACUUCUUGAAAGAAGGUGAAGGCAAAUUCUUGAAUCUGGUCAUGCUGGUGGACAUGGCUGCAAAGAUUGCUGACGGGAUGGCUUUCAUCGAGAGGAUGAACUACAUUCACAGGGACCUGCGUGCAGCCAACAUCCUCGUGGGCGAGAACCUGGUGUGCAAGAUCGCCGACUUCGGUCUGGCCAGGUUGAUAGAAGACAAUGAGUACACAGCGAGGCAAGGAGCUAAAUUCCCCAUCAAGUGGACGGCCCCGGAGGCCGCGCUGUACGGGCGCUUCACAAUCAAGUCGGACGUCUGGUCUUUUGGCAUCCUGCUCACCGAGCUCGUCACCAAAGGCAGGGUGCCCUACCCAGGGAUGGUGAACCGGGAGGUGUUGGAGCAGGUGGAGCGGGGCUACCGGAUGCCCUGCCCGCAGGGUUGCCCCGAGUCCCUGCACGAGAUGAUGAAGGUCUGCUGGAAGAAGGAGCCGGACGAGAGGCCCACCUUCGAGUAUCUGCAGUCCUUCCUGGAGGACUAUUUCACCUCGACGGAGCCACAGUACCAGCCCGGGGAAAACCUAUAACCACGGGAGGCUUGUUCAAAGACAGACAAGUCUGGAAAAGGCGUUGUCCAAUGCACACACCACUGCUUCAUCUCCCUUUUCUAACAUCAUUUUCGUUCUCCAUCAAGCAUCUUUUUUUUUC